GUGGUAUUCUCCUCAUUUUGUCGGUACAUGGUGUUAGAUACGCCCAUAUUAAGUGGGAUGUCUAUCGUCAUCAAAGUAUGGUGCAUUUUUGUCACAAGUGUUUAGGGUAAUGCUCAUUUCUAAAUGCUGUCAGAAUGGUAGUAAUUGUAUAAUUUUCUUGCACAGGUACCGUAAAUUAGGACCUAAGCUACCAGAAACUCGCACUCAUCUUGGGGUUAAGCUCUCGGUUUUCCGAUUUCAUUACCAGGUAUCGUCCGAAGUUGGUGUGAUUAUUUUUGGUCCUUGUUCGGACUGGAUAGGUAGAUCAAUUCCCAUCCAUUCAUACAUGAUUUUCUAUACUAAUGCACCAAACUUCAAUCAGAGCAGUUCUACAAGAAUACGCAAAUAGCGGCAUUCCGUCGCUAUCCUUCUUAAAGCUAUUAGAUUUGAUACAGAUCAGAUAUUGCGCGUUUGGUUAGUUCCUCGCUACUCAUUCCGUAAUUGAACACAGGAGAGAAAGAGAGCUUGCCAUUCACACCAACUUUGGUAUCAUGGACGGAUUUCUCGUGCCGAAUCAGAGAGUUUACUUUCUGGUAGUCCUAUCGGAAGUUUUCUAAUACGUGAAUCCGAUUUGUACAGUGGUGGUUUAACAUUAUGUGUUGUUGGACCUUCAUGUGAAGUCGGAAGCCCAGAUGCUGCUGAACAGCAAAAUCCUACAGCGACACCUCCAAAUACUACGACUAAUGUACAGCACUAUCGCAUAGUCCGUAGGCCUUUUAAAGCUACCCCUCCUAACCAACAUUCUGAAUAUUCAACACCUGCAAUUUGCAGCAAAAUCCACUACACAUUAGACGAAACUGAUUGGUUUCCAAGCCUUUUAGAACUGGUUCAGUUUUAUUCGGAACCCAAACGCGGAUUAGUUUGUGCACUUCUUCAUCCAGUCCCAGAUAUGCAAAGAAAACGACUAAGUGAACUACAGAAACUUGGUUAUCUCAUUUUUCGCAAAGAAAUUGCAUUAAGUGAUCGUAUUGGGCGUGGAGAAUUCGGUGAAGUUCUUAAAGCUACUUAUCAUGGUCGACAAGUAGCGGUGAAAAUUUAUAAAAAGACUGCUUCUAAAUUGGCUAUAACCUAUGAAGCAUCACUUAUGACAAAAUUAAGUCAUCCUAAUUUAGUAUCAUUUAUUGGUUUAGUAUAUGAACCAGAUGAUGCAGUAUAUUUAAUUACAGAAUAUUUAGCUAAUGGUAGUUUACUCACUUAUUUACACUCUCGUACACGUGAUGAAAUUACAGAAUUGACCAAGUUGAAAUUUAGUAUUGAUGUUUGUCGUGGGCUAGUUUAUCUUGAAGAACGUGAUUUUAUUCAUCGAGAUAUAGCGGCUAGAAAUGUUCUACUAUCUGGACAAAUACCUAAUUUAAUUGCUAAAGUUGCCGAUUUCGGUAUGGCUAGAGAUUUACAUGAUUUGUCAAUUGUUCCUGGUGCUACAUCAAAUCAAGCGUCAAAAUUGAAUAAUAAUACACCAACGUUAGUUAUUCUUAAUUCUCCAUCAAGUGAUACCAUUGAGAAAUAUCCUAAACCUGGUCAUGAAACUCAUCAUCAAUCCUUUGAGGCAGCUAAUAAUAAUAAUAAUAAUAAUAGUAAUAAUAAUAAUAAUAAUAAUUCAUCUCAUAACUCUUUAAAUCCAAUGGUAUUACAUGAUAAUGCAGCAAUUCCUCUUAAAUGGACAGCUCCAGAAGCUGUACGCGAUCGGUUGUUUACAACAAAAUCAGAUGUUUGGAGUUUUGGCAUAUUAUUAUGGGAAAUUUAUUCUUAUGGACGUAUACCAUAUCCACGAAUGAUGGCUAAUCAAGUAUUACGUCAUAUUGAGUCUGGGUAUAGGAUGAAAUCUCCGGAAGAUUGUCCAUCUACAGUAUAUGCUUUAAUGUUACGUACAUGGCAAAGUGAACCAAGUAACAGACCAAGUUUUGUGGAAAUUUUGAAGGAACUCUUGAAAUUGUAUAAUACAACAUCUAAUAUGUGUAAUUCUACACUUAUUCCCCCUAUUCUUCCAUCGAAACUCACUCAUCCAGUGUCCAUUAGUGAUUCUACUGUGAACAAUUCUGUUUUAGAUAUGAAUAAAACAUUUAGUGACUCUGAUAGUACAACCCCUUGGGGUACCACUGGAAAUAAGACAACAACUGUGACAAAUAGUUACAACUCAAUGACGUAUAAAGGACCUGAUAAUCGUGAAAAUCUACUAUUGAUGAAAAAACAAUCGAUUAAUUCAACAUCUAAUCGGCGUAAGUAUAAUCAACGACCUAAAACGUUAGCUGACUUGAUAUCUGAACCAUUAGAUAAUAAAACUUAUGAACAUACAUAUCAUCAUAAUCAAUUACUUCAUAGAACAACUAAUUCAACAAUGAGUCGUUCAUUUACAUCAACUAUAACAACUAAAUUAUCAUCAGAUGAAUCUAAAAUGAAUUGUAAUUUACCAUUGGAUAAUUUAAAAUUAUAAAUUAUCUUCUUUAUUUCUUUUUAUUUCGUUGUAUCCAUGUUGUGUAUUUGUUCAGUUUGAGCGCCUUGUUUGUACAUUUGCUUAUUGGUUUCAAUUACAUAAUUUCUUAUUUAUUUAGAGAAAAUCUCUUUUGUCUGUGUUUUGAUGUUUUAGUUACGUAAUUAGUUAUUGUCUUUAUUAUCCUAUUGUUUAUUAGUCUAUUAAUACUUAGAUCAGAUCACUGUAUUAUAUAUAAAUAUCGACACUGUCAACAGAGGGGUUAUCUUGGUUUUGUUGUUAAACUGUUAACAGUCAUUUUUUUCUUCAAAUCUUGAUGUUUGCUUUCCUGUCUUUUCUUUAUUGUUUUCUAAUAGCAUGCUAUAGGCGUUUGAAAUUCUGCUAAUCAACACACGGUGUAUAUAUAUACUUAUAUGCAUAGUGAUAUCAAUGGUAUAUCCUCUUGAGGGAUGUUUUUAUGAUUUGGUUACUAUGAGACAAAUGAGAAGAAAUUUGUUGAGUGACAAUGUGGAGUUUAACUUAUGAAGAGUAUUGGAUUUGAAAAACCACUUCGUGUAUGGUUGGCAAUUGUUCCGGUUUAAUGCGCUUGCAAAUUAACCUGUUAUAUAUUUCUGAUUCUUUAAAGUUAAAGAUUUAUAUUUAUUCCUGAGAGUUGUUCAGUGAAUCAGACUCAAACACUUAUUGCAAGGAAAAUCGUGUGUGUGAGGGCCCGAUUAUAACUGCCAUAUCGUAAUGAUUCAAUCGAGCCACAUUGGUUGGAUUACUCGUUUUUUUCGGUCCUACCAUGCUGGGUCAAUUUAUUAGAGUGGUAAGACUAAGAGCAACAAGGUCGCAGUCAGAAGACAAAUAAAAAAGCGGACUACAAUGGAGAUGUGGCAGUAGUGGUGCUUCACUUAAACGACCAGGAUCUCUGUCAUACAACGGAAGGCAGAAGUCGACCCUAAAAUGUAACGCGUCUCACCUUACUCCACGGGUGUUCGUCGCCGGCGGUGAGAUCUCAAACAUACGUCUCUUUUGAGUUAACUAAUCGAACAUGCUUGCGCGUAACCGGUUUCAAGUAACGUUUGUAUAAUAUAAUAAUGAGAAGUUCGUUAGGAUUAGUAACUAUAACCCUACAAUGAUGUUGACUAAAGGAGCUCACGAGUAUC